GCGAUCACUUCUUCUGCUUCCAACCGGCCUCGCGACCGCCUCAAUUGGCUCCCAAUCUCCACUCUUCCGAUCGACUCGCACGCGAUAUACUCGAAUUAUCUGCCCCGUUUUUGAUUUUCUUGUUUUGACGCACAAAAAAUCAAGAUGAUGCGAACACCCGCAACCCCCCUCCUGCGCGGCGCCCUUCGUGCUAGCAGAACGACGACCGUGAUCCCUCGUCGUGCCGCCACCACCCACGCCAUCUCCAACCCGACGCUGGCCAACAUCGAGAAGAGGUGGGAAGGCAUGCCUCAGACCGAGCAGGCCGAGCUGUGGAUGGCUCUGCGAGACCGCAUGAAGGAGAAUUGGGCCGAGCUCACGCUUUCGGAAAAGAAAGCUGCAUACUGGAUCGCCUUCGGUCCUCACGGUCCCCGCGCCGCGCCGCCACCCGAUGAGGGACGCAAGGUCGCCUUAUACACUGCUGUCGGCGUUCUCGCCAGUUUCGUGCUCUUCGCCACGAUGCGGGCGUUCGGCGGCCCCGCCCCUAGCACGAUGACCAAAGAAUACCAGGAAGCCUCCAACGAGUACCUCAAGGCCCAAAAAGCCGAACCCCUCACUGGUCUCUCGUCCGAGGGCUACAGCGGAAAGGGCGUGGUGCAAUCGCCGCCCAAGCACUAGAGCCGGCCGUCCUGAUAUCGUACCUACUCUUAUCCUUUUCCUUUUGUCGUUAGAGAACCGCAAUGCAAGGC